AUGGGCAAGUCUCGAGGGAGGCAUUACACCAGCUACCUCGCUAUCCUAGUGGAGUCGGCCGCUCCCAUUGUUGUUUCGAACCUGAUCCUUGUCAUUGCAAUGAAGACGAGUUCAGAGUGCGAAAUAAUGGCAUUUCAAGCCAGUAUCCACAUCCAGGUCAUCACUCCAUUAUUGAUCGUACUACGCAUUCUCAAAGGAAAUGACUGGUCGCCUGCCCCUCCCAGCAGCAAAGAUGUCGACCUCGAGAAUGUACCACAGACAUCCACCCCGUCGCCUCUGGAGCCAUUCGACCAGUCCGCGCCCGACUAUGCUGCAAAACCCCGAAACUCACUCUCUUCCAUCGUUCGAUUCACGUCCCAUUUCCCGACGCCAACUUUUCAUUCUGCCUUCGAUACCAAAACCGGAUCAGAAAACGAUGUCACUAAAAUGACUGAAUACAGUAGCACGUCGGUCAACGAAGAUCCUUGA